GCAGCAAGAUGGCACAUCGCCGGCCUUAUUUCGCAUUUUUCCAACUUUUUGCCAUAGUCUCGUUGCAAAAUGUACUCUGUGAAAACGAGAAACCCUACAAUGUGGAGCUGAACUCCUUUGAACGAGAUCAAUCCAUCGAUAAUCAGGAUAAAUGGGUGGACUGGGGAAGUCUGCGAAUGAAGAAGAUCGGCAGGAAUAAAUUUGCAGUUGCCGGUGACUUUGAAUUCAUGCUCAACAUGGGCGACGAACAAAAGAUAUCCCUGCGAGUCUUUGUCUACGAUUCAAGUGCCAGUCAAAAGGGUCCUUUGGUGAUGAAUGUGAACAAACCCUUCUGUCAGUUCAUCAACGAGGACAAGGACACAUAUCCGUAUUUGCAAAAGGUUUCCAAUAUGCCCGAGCAGGGCAAUUGUCCCUUCCCCAAGGGCAAAUACAAGAUUGACAAUUACGAAAUGGAGACCAACUUUUUGCCGGAUAAUGCACCCAAAGGCGACUAUAUCCUGGAGUUAUCUCUGCAGGAUCGCGAGAUACCAGUGGCAGGACUCGUGGCCGUGGUCACACUGACUUAGGCCCCCAUUUUUUUACUUAGUUCAUUGUAUUUAUUACUAUUUUUUUUUUUUGUAAUUUAGUGGUUUUCGAUUUUCCGGGUGGAUCCAUUUGACACAAGCAAGCGUUCACAUAUAUCUAUGUAUUUAUCCCAAGGUUGAUUUAAUAUAACGAAUUCGCU